AUGGCUGAGGACAGUGCGAAUAUUCCGUUUAUCUUGUCGGGAAAAUAUUUUGAAAUUAUAAGUCAAGAUAAAGAUGGAAAAUCUGUUGUUGCAAAAUGUAAAAAUUGUCCCCCGCAAAGUAAAAAAGCAGAGUUCAAAGGAGGGCUGUCAUCAACUACCAACUUCCUCAACCAUUUAAAACGAUCUCACAAAGAACUUACUCGCCAGUAUGACGAAGACGUAAAAGAAUGUGUGAAGAAAAAAAGAUGUUUACCAAGAAAGCCGGAUGAUAAAACUCAGCCACAAAUUACCAAAAUUCUCCCAGUCAGCACUCAGAAAGCCCCACCUAAGCACGAAAAGUUAAUUAUCGACUUUAUUGUCAAAGGACUUCACGCCUUUUCGACAGUAGAGGAAGAAGGGUUCCGUAAUUUAGUUCAAGGCUUAAAUUCUGAAGUAAAGCCGAUGUCGCGUCGAACCCUUAUUCGAAGGAUCGACGACAGAUACAAUUUUAUGAGAGCAUCUGUGGUAUCGAGACUUGACGGCAUAAAAUACUUAUGCGUAACAACAGACGCUUGGUCAUGUGAAGGUAAAAAGCGCAGCUAUUUAGGAAUGACGGUUCACUGGAUUACCGAAAAACUUACCCGCCAAUCUGUCGCACUCGCGUGUCGACGAUUUAAAGGAAGUCAUACCUAUGAUAAAAUAGCAGAUAUGAUUUGGAAUAUUUUAGCUGAAUACAAAAUUCCAGUAGAAAUAGUUGUGAAAGCUGUUACCGACGGAGGCUCAAACUUUCUCAAAGCAUUCAAAGAAUUUGCAUACGACCCAGAAGAAAAUUCAACCCAUGAAAAUGAUGGUGACGAAAAUUCAAGUGAUUUGAAUUCCUGCGAAUUUCUAGAUUUGUCAACAAUUUUAGAAACUUCCAAAGAUUCAAAAGAUCAGGCUAUCAAAUUACCACCCCACCAAAGAUGCGCUAGUCAUCAAUUGAACUUAAUAUGUUCAUCGGAUAUGACAAAAAAUACGUCCAGACUUCAACGGUCUACCUUUGGGAAGUGUCAAGGAAUUUGGAACAAAUCCUCGAGAUCCACACAAUCAGCAGAGAAGAUAAAGGAGGUUUGUGGGAUAUCACUGGUCACCCCAGUUGCCACAAGGUGGAAUUCUUUCUACGAUUCCAUUUCAUGUCUUUUGAGAUUUGAAGACAAACUUACGGAAAUCUGUAAAGCAGCUGAUAUUCCCGAACUCAAAGGUACAGAAAUUGAGUUCAUUAAACAGUAUAAGAUGUGCGUCGCACCCAUCGCAAUAGCGUUGGAUCGACUUCAAGGCAAAAAUAAAACUUUCUAUGGGGAAUUACUACCAACAUUGUUAAAUAUUGAGAAACAAUUAUUGAAACAACUAGAAUCCAAGCCAAAUUUGUGCGAAAGUCUUCCUACAUACCUACUUGAUGAAUUCAGAAAGCGGUUUCAAAUGUACUUGGAGUUUUCUGAUGUACAUAAGGACGCCAUACUAGCAUCUAUUUGCCAUCCAUAUUUCAAAUUGCGUUGGAUUCCGCGGGAGAAAAUGAAUGAGACAAAAUUGUUUUUUAUUGAAACACUGUGCAGUGAAACCCCCACUAACACUAUUGUAAAUACUGAAAUCCCUCCAAAAGAUGGCUUGCCAACGAGAAUCCAAGAUGCUAGGAAGGAAAACGCAAUUGAUGACAACUUUUUCCAAUUCGAAGAAUUCGAUGGUCCCAGUGAGGAAGAAAAGUCUCACGAGACUAAAAUAAAAGAAGAAUGUGAGGCAUAUUUUCGUUCUCCUUCCGACAAAAUUGAAAUGCUGCACAAUUUUCCUACUAUAAAAAUGGCUUUUAUGAAGUAUAACACUCCUCUUCCGUCCUCAGCUCCUGACGAAAGGUUGUUCAAUUAUGCUAAAAUGGUAAUGUGUCCGCAACGUCGGGGAAUGACCGACGAAAAUUUUGAAAAAGCGACUUUACUUAAAGUAAAUAUUUAUUAAGCUGGACUGCUGAAUAUCAUUUUUUAUACUAUUGGUCUUGAAUACUAAACUGUAAUAAUUAAAGCAAAAUAAAGUUGAAAAAGUAUCUUAUCUAAUAUAAAAAGUAUCUUAAGAUAUAUAUCUUGUAUCUUGUAUC